CGUACUUCAACGAUUGCGCCAGUUGAUCUCGUCCUUUUACCCCGUUUGUUUGAACUGACACCACAAGUUUAUCAGUAUAUUUCUGACACUUCGACAUGCUUGUCUUUAUCGAUAGAUGCACUGGCGAGGAUCACUUUAGCGACGCUUACGCUUACGAGGAACUCUUUGGAGGAGCUAUUGUGAAGGCGGCAUGUAAGUGGGGCCACUACAGUAACAAUGAAGAUGUAGUAUUAGCCGGCUCGAACCCCAGUGCCGAGGACGGCGAGGAGGCUGGUACUGAAACUUCAGAGAGGAAGAUCGACCUCGUUCACCAGUUCAAAUUGGUAGAGUGUAACUACAUGAACAAGAAAGGUUUCAAGGAAUGGCUGACAGAUGAGGAUAACAUGACCAGAUGGAAGAAAUUCUUCGUGGACGGCCUCCAGGAAAAAGACUACAAACUGAGCGAUGAAGAUGCUUUAGCUAAGGUCGAGGGAGGAGCGAUGAAGGAAUGGAAGAAAGAACUCACCAACUUCGCCAAAUUUAUCUUACCCCAGUGGAAGAACGUGAUGGUUUACCAUGUAAGUAUUUAA